UCAAAACGUAGAUAUUUCGUGCACCAGACGUAGUCCGUACGCACUACAUUUUUGGCAUGGCAUUCAUUUCUGGAAGUUAAAACCUAGCGCACUAAUCCCUUCCUUCACAGAAAUCAUUUUCCGGUGGUAGGAACACGGAGCUGUUGUUGCGGUUUCUCAACGUCGUCUGCGGGACUUGAGUAGGAGUGUGUAUCCAUGGCAUCUUCCGAUGAAGAGGGUGAAAUUUUGCCACUAUGUGUCACAGAUUACUUUUUCGAGGACAACAAUGGUACAGUGGUUUCCUUUUCUAUAUUGCCAAUUCAAUGGAAUGAGACAGAGGUCAUAGGCGACUUGGAAGCUCAUGUCUUCUUACGUGGGACUUGUGAUAAUGGACUUCAAUCGGUUCACAAGAAGGUCAUAGCAUGGAGGUUUGAACUUUCCUAUGUGCAUCCAGAGAUUUCUGUGCUCUCCAAUGACAAAAACUGGGUAACACUCUUAAGGCCUAAAAGAAGCUAUGAGACCAUAGCGAGGACAAUAUUGGUCACUGUUCACUGGCUUCAUCUUUCAAAAAGGAAUCUGGAGGGAUCUGAAAAAUCACCAUGGAAUUGCUUGCUGAAGGCCUUCAGCUCAUAUGAGGUUCAACCAACUGAGAAUGAUUUGCUAAUUCACAAGUCGUUAAUCAAAGAAGCUGCUAACAGGGAUGGUGUUUUGGCAACUUCUAAGCAUUUGAUUACUCUAAUGGAGAAGUCUUUUACAAAUGAAACUCUCUAUGAGGAUAUCCAAACAACAAAGAAACCUGAGUUUAUAGUUGAUUGGGACGAUGAUGACGAUAAUGACGGUGAAGAAGUAGCUGAGCAAGAGUUUUCCUUUGAAACUGUUUGCUCAAUAUGCGACGAUGGUGGUGAUAUUCUGAAUUGUGAAGGGUGGUGCCUGAGAGCAUUUCAUGUAACCAUUGCUGCUGGGGUUCAGUCUUCUUGUGCAACUCUUGGCUUUAAUUACGAUGCUGAAGUGGAGGCAAUUCCGACUUUUUUGUGUGACAAUUGUGUACAUCGGCAGCAUCAAUGUUAUGCUUGUGGCAAAUUAGGUUCCUCUGCUAAGUCUUCUGCUCAAGAGGUUUUUCCUUGUGUUUCUGCUACUUGUGGACACUUCUAUCAUCCAGGAUGUGUUGCAAAACUGCUCCAUGCUGAUCAUGAUUCUCAAGCAAAAGAAAUGCAAGUUAAAAUCGCUGCAGGAGAAUCAUUUAUCUGCCCCAUCCAUAAGUGCUGUGUUUGUAAACAAGUUGAAGAUAAGAAGAUUUAUGACUUGCAGUUUGCACUUUGUAGACGUUGCCCAAAAGCCUACCAUCGGAAAUGUUUGCCCAGGGGCAUCACUUUUGGUUCUAUACAAAGGGCUUGGGAAGGCCUGUUGCCCAAUCGGAUUCUCAUAUAUUGCAUGGAGCACGAAAUCAUUGAUAAACUCGGAACUCCAGCUAGAGACCAUUUAAUAUUUCCUGGAGUACAUGGGAAAAGAAUAAAAAGCACUUCAGAGCUGCUAUCAAAGAACAGACAGGCUGUGGCAACAAAGAGCAGUAUGAGUUUUUAUAGAUAUGCCGCAGAUAAAACUGUAGUGAAGAGGCCAAAGCUUGUUCUAAAGACACGCAGAAUAGUUGAAGCUGGUGAUUCUACUCAAAGAGUUAAAAAAAGAUCUCCUGGGGAUUUUGAUCAAACAAAGAAACCUCAUAAAAUUGGUGUGGGUAGAAAGCUUUUGAAGGAUGACUUUAAUUCUGUCUCUUACGGGUCCUUUAAGAUGGGCAAACCCAAGUUAUCCUACAGAAAUGUGAACUCAUCAGCAAACUUGAAAUCCAAUUCAAUUGAGUUUAAAGAGAGAAAAGAUAUUGAAACAGAACAGCGAAUGCUGGCACUCAUGAGAGAUUCCACUUUGUCAUUGAAUAUGGAAGAAUUCAUGAAAAAGCGGAAAAUUCCAGCCACAUACCGCUCCAAGAGUGCAUUGGACAAGACAGUGACAAUGGGUUUAAUUGAGGGUUCUGUGAAGGCCGUUCGAACAGCUUUACAGAAUUUAAAGGAUGGAUGCAGUAUUGAAGAAGCUAAAACUGUUUGUGACCCGAGUGUUCUCAAUCAGAUUGCUAUAUGGAAGAGGAAACUUGGAGUAUAUCUUUCACCGUUUCUCCAUGGGAUGCGCUAUACGUCAUUUGGUCGCCAUUUUACAAACAACAAAAAGCUUAAGGAGAUUGCCGAGCGGCUACAUAGGUUUGUGCAGGAUGGUGAUACUAUAGUCGACUUCUGCUGUGGUUCAAAUGAUUUCAGUUGUAUCAUGAAAGAAAAGCUUGAAAAAACCGGAAAGUUGUGCGCAUUCAAAAAUUAUGAUCUUAUGCCAGCCAAGAAUGAUUUCAAUUUCGAGAAGAGAGAUUGGAUGUCUGUUCAAUUGGAAGAAUUGCCUAAUGGUUCGCAGUUGAUCAUGGGAUUGAAUCCGCCUUUUGGGGUGAAAGCUUCUCGUGCAAAUGAGUUCGUCCGGAGCGCUCUCAAGUUUAGACCAAAGCUUAUAAUUCUUAUUGUUCCCAAAGAAACCAAAAGACUGGACGAAAUAAGUGACUAUGAUUUGAUUUGGGAGGAUGACAAGCUACUCUCGGGCAAGUCAUUUUAUCUACCUGGAUCAGUUGAUGUCUUUGACAAGCAGUUGGAGCAAUGGAACUUGAAUCCACCCCCACUUUAUCUUUGGAGCCGCUCUGAUUGGACUGCCAGGCACAAGGCAAUAGCACAGGAGUGUAACAACAUGCCUAAAAUGCAAGAAGAGAUGUACAGGAAAGAAACCAAUCUAGACCAAAGUAGCUUUGAUCAUCCGAUUAACUGCACUCUCCCAUGCAAGCAUAAAGAAGGCAAUCUUCCUGGAUAUAAUGACAUUGAAGUUGGAAACCACAGUGAUCAGGGGAUGAAACAGUCCUAUGAAAGUCUGAAUGAGAUUACGCAGGAAGAUAGAGGCAGACUGGGGUGUCGCUACCAGAUAAAGAAGAAGAUGGGAUACCUAUGGCUCUUGAUGAUGUGUGCAUUGACAUGGAGUUAUCCUCUCCAAUUAACUGCACAGACUUCCAAAGUAUGUUCGACAACAAACCACUUGAUGUCCAUGAGUCUUCCUCUACGGGAGGCAAUGGAAUUUGGGACCUAACUAGCCCUCCGCUGCAUGAUCUGCCAUUUAAUGCUGAAUAUCAGGGGAAACAAGAUAAUGUUCUGGGAUAUAUGACCCAUAACUUUGGGAAUCCAUUCAUUGGGCUCGUCAACAACAAUUUGAGUAGUUUGGGUCAGCCAUCUCAUGUUACCCACCUCGCUGAGCGGCACUGGAGUGAGAUGAAUCUGAGAACUCGCGCUGACCAACAUGAGCAACAGCAAGAUCAAAGCCUAUUUUUCCAUCAAUUUGGCCAUCUACCAUCUGCUACUUAUCCAAAUUACCCUUGGUGAGUGAAGGUGGCAAUCAUCCUGCUCCAAUCUAUCAAAUGUCUCUCUUGGACUACAACUUGUUUUGCCUAGUGAAUGUAUGGACCAAUGGAUGCAGUCAUUCCUGGACUUCCAUAGGCUACUGCAAAAUUUACAGGCUUUUCACAAAAGCAUUUUUGUUUCCUAGGAUGUAUGUUAUGUUGGAGAUGGGUCUACAAUCUUCUUGGGGUUCCCAUAAGAGAUCUUCCUUUAAAUACAAAAUUCAGAAAAGAUGGAAGGAAUUGUCGAUUGAGAUGGGUUUUUUGCUUUUGUAAAAAAUUUGAAGGGUGUUGAGACGUCGGAAGGGUUGUUUUAUGCAACAAGGGUAAGUUUAACUAGGAUUGUUAAUGGGCUUUGAGAGCUAAGAGUUAAGAUAUAGUGCUUCAGUCAUUUUAAGAUGUAAAAGCCCAUCUAUUGAAGUCCGGCUCACAACUAAGUGACUAACCGACGAAUAAAUUCGAUUGUGGGCUUCUUAAGGGUAGUCCGGCCCAUUCAUGGUCAACUGAUUAUUAAUCAGAUGGGCUGGCCCAUUCACGAAAAACAUUACAACAACGGAAAAAUAAAAGAAAAGAAAAACUGACAAAAAGGACUCUAUCAUUAAUAAAUAAAGAAAUGCAACAUUUAUUUUUGCAAUCGGACAAGUGACAACGCCUCUAAGGGCAAAUGUAAUGGUGAAAUGAUUUUGGGCCAACAAAGAUGUUGUCUUUUGCUGAUGUGGUUGUAUUGUAAAAUGUGUUUUGCUUAUGUGGCUGUAUUGGGAUAAGUGUUUUGCUGAUGUGGAUGUAUUGAUAUUUAAUGUUU